ACAACUAAAUCCAUCAUCUUUAUUUGUUUAGUUAUCUUUACUCAAAUUCAUGAAUUGAAUAUAAAGGUGUGCGUGUGAAAACAAGAAAAGUGGAAAAGGACAAAAGAGAGAGAAAGAUACUUCUACGACGCCUCCUAAUAAAGCACUCUUCUUCUUUUUCACUUUCCUCAUUGAAAAGAGAGAGCCAAAAAAAUCAGCUUAAAGCCGUAAUAAGCGUAAGCGCGGGGAUACAUCUCUCUUCCUCACCCGCGUUUUCGAGCUUUAACAAUGGCUUCUUCUCCGAUCUGACCAUUUCCUGAUUUGAUUUUUACUCUCUCUCUCUCAUGCCUCGAACUCGUUUCAUCCAGUGACUGAGGAAGAAGAAGAGGAUGAACUUCUUUAUCCUCUCCGUCGUCGUUUUCGUUGCUUUCGCUUUCUUCUCUCUUCCGCAUUCCGUUGAUUCAUCUGUUGCCGCUUCACAGGAUCCUCUCAAACUCAUAUUAGGCUCACCGAAUUUUGGAUCAUGGAAAGGUGGAAUCUCAUUAGCACCAGGACCUUCAUCUGAUGAUGUCGUCUCUGAUUACCUCCUCUUAGCAGCUCAUAGAACCAAGAGACCUGACAUUCUUAGAGCUUUUAAGCCUUACCAUGGCGGUUGGAACAUCACCAAUAAUCACUAUUGGGCUUCUGUUGGAUUUACAGGUGCUCCUGGUUUCAUUCUAGCUGUUAUCUGGCUCUUGUCUUUUGGCUCUCUUCUUGUUGUGUAUCAUUGCUUCAAAUGGAGACUAUGUGUUAAAGCUAAAGGAUCAUCAUUCGAUUCACGAAGAUUCUGUUUCAUUUUGUUGAUAGUGUUUACGUGUGUUGCAGCGGUGGGAUGCAUUCUUUUAUCUGUUGGACAGGAUAAGUUUCAUACCGAAGCUAUGCGUACUCUUAAGUAUGUGGUUAACCAGUCUGACUACACUGUGGAGAUCCUCCAGAAUGUGACUCAAUAUCUGUCCCUCGCAAAAACGAUUAACGUGACAGCGAUUUCCAUUCCGCCAAAUGUAAUGGAUGAAAUUGACAAGUUAAAUGUCAAUCUGAACAAUGCAGCAGUAACAUUGGGAGAGAAAACACCAGAUACUGCUGCUAAGAUAAAGAGAGUUGUCUAUGCUGUGCGAUCAGCUUUGAUCACGGUCGCUACUGUGAUGCUCAUCCUUUCUUUUGUUGGUCUAUUGCUUUCUGUCCUCCGCCACCAACAUGUUGUUCAUAUAUUCGUCGUGAGUGGGUGGAUACUGGUUGCUGUGACAUUUGUUCUCUGUGGAGUCUUUCUGAUCCUAAACAAUGCAAUUUCAGAUACGUGUGUAGCCAUGAAGGAAUGGGUUGAUCAUCCUCACGCUGAAACAGCUCUCAGCAGCAUCCUCCCAUGCGUUGAUCAGCAAACAACCAACCAGACUCUUGCACAGAGUAAAGUUGUCAUCAACAGCAUCGUGACUGUUGUAAACACCUUUGUCUAUGCUGUUGCCAAUACAAACCCAUCUCCAGGUCAAGACCGCUAUUACAAUCAGUCUGGACCUCCGAUGCCUCCUUUGUGCAUCCCAUUUGAUGCAAACAUGGAAGAUCGCCAGUGCUCGCCUUGGGAAUUGUCAAUAGAAAAUGCAUCAUCGGUCUGGGAGAAUUACCAAUGCGAGGUUACACAAUCCGGAGUCUGCACCACUGUUGGGAGAGUAACGCCAGACACCUUUGGACAGUUGGUAGCAGCUGUGAAUGAGAGCUACGCUCUUGAGCAUUACACGCCUCAGUUGCUUAGCUUCCGAGAUUGCAACUUUGUUAGGGAUACAUUUAAGAGUAUCACCUCAGACUACUGUCCACCACUGGAGCGUAAUCUGAGGAUUGUGACUGCAGGACUUGGCCUGAUCUCCGUGGGAGUGUUACUAUGUCUGGUGCUGUGGAUAUUCUAUGCGAACCGCCCCCAAAGGAAGGAAGUGUUUGCGGAUCCACACCCUCAAGUAAAAGACGUUAGCUUUGGUAACGGCUUGGAUAAUCAUCACUCAGAUGACGAAACUAAGCUUUCUGUAGAAUGCGUAUAGUAAACAGGUAUAGAUAAAUAGAAUCAGAUGUUGUAUUUCAUAAAGAUAUGAAAGAGAACAAUAAACACAUUUUGUAGCGUUCAUGUUACAUUAGAAGAAGAGGAAGAGACUAGAAGUGGAGCGAAGUUUCACUUUCUGGCUUUUGUUUUCACAA